UUAUUGAGUAUGAAAGGGAAGUGCACCGCCAUUUAGUGAAAGUAUGCGGGUGACAAAAUGGAAAUCUAUCCACCCGUAUGAUUUGCUGAGGCAAUAAGGGAUUGUAUAACCAUCAGAAGCGAGCCCGUAUGCGCCUUUCUUGGAUAUUUUUUUGAGGGUGGUUACGGCGACGCGGACGAGAGAAUUAAUUGUCGAACUAAAUUAGGAGAUUCCGGUUCCACACAUGGGUAUUUAAUAAAAUAGUCAAAAAGUGCCUUUAACGCUUGAUUAACUGUGUUUACAUUCUUCUUCGCUUGAUCAGUCAAUGUUUGUAAGAAAUGUCAGCGUCUGAUUCGAGAUACCUCACUUUCCAGCCGUAAUCGCCUGAGGUGGGACAUUUCUAUAUAAAUUGUAACUGGCACCAGUUUCACAAUUAGUUAACUGUGACACCAUGCAUUUUGGAAACCUGCCACUUCAGGUACUACUGCUGUCAGUGGUCGCCCUUUCCAAAGGGCAGCACUACGAUUCGGAUUACAACGUAGCUGACUCUGACGACGACAGUGCGGGCUACACCGCCGACGAGCAAGAGAGUCCCGAUUAUUCCAAGUACUUCAACUCGCCAGGCUCGGCACCGCAACAGGAGGAAAAUUCGGAGAGCGGAUUUGUUACCCCAUUAGAUUUCCAGUCGUUCUUCGGAGCACCACAAGGAGGUUUCAGCUCCGCCAACAUACAAGAUGAAGUGAAAUCAGACAAUGGCUUCGCCGCAAGUGGAUUUUUUAACGGCCCAGGCUUGGGCGCUACGGACUACUUCGAGCAGGCACAAAAAGAGACGAAAAGUGUCGAGAAUACUGAGCAAACUCCCGAUUAUAUCUCCAGCAAUAUACCGACACCGGGGGGCUAUCACGAAAACAUCGAAAAUUUUCGUAGGAGAUCUGAAAAAUUCCGCCCUCUACCGGCGGCCAAACCCCAAGAGGAAGAAGAAAGGCAAUCGUACACCAACUUUAAACCGUCCCCCGUGGAUUCGUCACCGAUAAAACCGACCCAGCCGGGGUACUACGCCAAGUACACGCAAACGCCGGUGGCGUCGCCCUACCGAAAGUACAGCUUCCAAACUCAACCAACGCCGAUACCUUACAGCCCCACCUACCUGAAGUACACAUCCCCAGCCGACGGCAGCUACGAGUACGUGCCAAGUCAAACCGUCACACAAAGCGCGAGGCAUACCGGCUGCGUCAAGGUCAACAAGAAGAUACCCACGGAGAAAUUCAGCAAGACACCCAUGACCUGCUACGUGUGCAAAGAUCCGAAAACCGGAGCGCAGUCGGAGCACUGCUCCUACGAGCAGCAACCGAAGGCCUACUACACAAGCUCGAGCCAAUCCUACAACACGCAAAAACCGACCAGAGCCAAACGCGAGGAUUCCGAAGCCUACGACCCCUACGAGGAGGUUAAGGCGAGGUCCCACCGCUACAACUCGCAACCGGAAGAGUUCGCCGACCAGCGCUACAGGGCACCCGACUUUAGCGAGUACGAACAGUAUUCCGCUGCCGAAGAACGCGCCGACGACGACGAAGAGGACGAGAAGAGCUCCUCGGAGAAGCAAUCCGAAGAGCUCGUGAAGCAGAAGGACAGCUGCCAGAAGAUACACAAGGACGGCAUCUCGUGCCUGGUGUGCAAAAACGCCGAGACCGGUGGCAAUUACGAGCAGUGCUCGUACCAAUCGGAACCAAAUGAGCAAAAGUACGCGUACGUGCGUGAAAGUAAGUACGACGGCGAUAAUGAGAGCGACUCGCCCGAAGGUGAAAGCGAAAAGUACAAGGAGGAGGUUCCGGUACACUUCGCCAAAACCACCGGCAAACUACGCAGAGACGGAGUGGUCGGCUUGGAUCCCACCUUAUACGGCCGCCCCGAAUCGAGGAAAAGAUCCAAGGUGGCGAGGCAAGAGAGUAAACAGAGCGAGGAUAUUGUCAAACCAGAAUCCUACUACGACCCCACCGGCAAGCGAGACGUAGAGAGGGUACUUGAAGAAUUCUCGAAAAAGGAUAGAUCCAACUGCGAGCAGGUCAAGAAGAAGGGCAUGACGUGCUACCUAUGCGUUGACAAGAAGGGAAUUAAGCACGAGGAGUGCAUGUACAUAUCCGAGUCGCGCCCGCACAGCUCACUCGUCGCCUACCACGAGAAAGAAACCGUAAAAGACGUCGACGAGCCCGAAAGUGAAAGCGAAACCCGCCGUAAACUGGCCGUGCACCCCAAGAAGGUCCACGAGACGGACGCACGAAAUAAACGCGAAAAGAAGAGGAAACCUGAACCGAAACCCGACAUCGCGACCGAAGACGGGCCCAAGAAAGACAAAAGGAAGAGACAGGAACCGACGACCGGAUUCGACUUAAUCAGCAAUAGUGGACCUUACUCGACCGAAAAAAAGAAGCAGAAGAAGACGAAGCAACGCGAGCCCGAUCCGAAACCGGAGUUCGACGUCAACGACGAGGGUGGUCUGUACUCGGCCGAAACGAAACCGGUCUACGUAAAUGCGUUGGGGUUGUCACUUCCGAAGUACAUGGUGGAGAAGACCGACUACGAAAGGGACUUUGACCUGUCCUCGUCCAAAGGCCGCAAAUGAUCUAAUUGUAAUUAUUUAAGUAAUAGAUUAUUGUUAAUAAAUUGUUAAAAAAUA